GCAAGCUUUCGUCCUGGCAGCAUGCAUACAAUCUCAAAAGCAGCGGUCUUCGCGAAGCGGCGGGUGAACUUCUGCGCUAGAAACUGCUCCCGCACAAAAGCUCGCGCUGCAGCGGUCAGGCAUAACGUCGUAGUUGGGUGGAAGGAACAGCUGAAGAAUGCGUUGGACGGUGUCACUUCGCGUGGCACGUUCGCAGUGACCGGCACUGUCGAUGGGCCACUGCCUGAGAUGCGAGUGCGAGGCGUGGGAAACCUGGCACUCCCCAUCGGUGCUAGACAAGCCAGAGACCUGGUCUUCGCGGGCCAGCCCGCGCCCUACGGCAAGGGAUCCAAAACGGUGAUAGACCCGGCUGUGCGCAAUGCUAUUCAACUUGAAGCGCACCGUGUGCGCUUCUCAAAGGACUGGGAUGAGACUCUCAGCCGUCUCACCAUCGACGUCGCGGCCAAGCUGGGCCUGUCUGGCGGCGGUGCGACUGUGGAGGCGCGGCUUUACAAGCUGCUGGUGUACGAGCGUGGCGGGCAUUUCCGGGCCCACCGUGACACGGAGAAGGAGCCGGGCAUGUUCGGCACCCUGCUGGUGCAGCUACCGGUGGAGGGCGGCCACACCGGCGGGACGCUGGCAAUCCGCCACCUGGAAUUCGAGGUGGAAUGGGACACGGCCAACGGCGCCUCUCAGACGGGGAUGGGCUGGCUGGGCAUUGGGCAGGCGCAGCGGGCCCUUAAGUACGCCGCGUUCUACGCCGACUGUGAGCACGAGCUGUACGAAGUCGAGUCUGGGCUGCGUGUGGUUCUGGCGUACAACUUGGUGCGUGUGGAGCAGAAGGCGGCCGCCGCGAAACCUGCUGCUGCUAGCGGCGGCGCUACCGGGGCUGCGGGUGUAGCAGCCACUGCUGAAAAGGCGCAAGUGGCGUGCCCGGCAGUGAGCGUGGCCUCCCUCACAGCAGUGACGGAGGCGGUGCGCGCGUGGGAGGCUGCGGGCCCCGUGGCGCAGCCGAUGGUAGCGCUGCCUCUGGCGCACAAGUAUACGGAGGCAAACCUGGGCUUCGGCACGCUCAAGGGAGAUGAUGGUGCCAAGGUGCAGGCGCUGCUACAAUGCCCGCUGCUGGAUGUGCAUCUGGUACUGUUUGGCAAGCAGGUCGAUGGCAAAGGCAACAUGUUCUACUCGUACGACGGCUCUGAUGAUGAGGAGCAGAUGGAGAGCGUGGACUGGAACUGCAUAGACGUGAAGGCCUGUGUUUCUCCUCUGUUCGGCGAGUUACCGGAUUACGAUGACGCAAUGGGCUUUGGCCGUCGGCUCGAGGACAGCCUGCUAGCUGGCGAUAAGAUCUUCCCGAAUGACCUGAAGCCGGACAACCGGAAGUUUACGCCCUACACGGGGAACGAGGGCCCACGCCUCACGUACUGGUACCACCGCGCCCUGGUGGUGGCGUGGCCGCGCUCGCGCCGGGCGCAGCUUGCCGUUGUGCCGGGCAGCAUUGCAAGCGCGGUGGCUGUGGCAAAGCAGUGCCUGUCCCAACUUCGCGGGAGCGGCGGUGAUGGUGGAGGUGGAGGGGGCGAUGUUGCCGCCGCUGCCGCAGGCGCCACAGCGGCCGCUGCGCCGCCUGCUGCUGCCCACACCACCGCCGCAGCAGGUGCGGGCAGCAGCAGCGAUGCGCCGUCGACACAGUGGAGCUGCACCGGCGGGGCACACCUGCAGCAAUACCUGCAGCAGCUGGAGGAGCGGCAGCCGCACCAGGUGGAUGACAGCCGCAAGCAGGCGGACGCGGAGCUGGCGCUGCAGGCGGUGCUGGACUGCGCCGUAAAGGCGGCGGCGGCGCCAAAGCAGGAGGCGGAGGGCGAGGAAGAGGAGGAGUAUACAUAUUACUCCAAUGUAGAGGUUUGGCAGACUGGGGAGGAUAUGCUGUCAAAGCGGGCGGGAGAGCAGUGGCCGACCGGGGAGUUGGCGCUGCAGGCACUGGCGCUCCUCAGCUCGCCGGCGCCGGCGGAGCUGCUGGGGAAGCCUUGGCAGCAGCAUGCGUGCGUGCAGGUGGUGCAGAGCAUGGCAGCUGCUGCUGUGCCUCCCGCCGAAGCCAAACGCUUUGCGGACCUGAUGCAUAAGGGCCUGCCGGCGGUCAUUGCAUCCGCCGCCGCCACUCUCGCGUCAACCGCCUUCGAUGAUGCUGUGGUGGAGCUGGUCGCGCGGCAGGCACCGCAGCAGCUGCAGGGCUGCUACCAGCUGUUGGUGCAGGAAGCCCUGCCGAAGGCGUUGCGUGAGAGGAUGGUGCAGGCCUUCAACACUGCGGUCUUCGGCGGCACUGAGGUGGUGGCGGCUGGGGCCGCCGGCAGUGGCACCGCCGCUGCUGCUGCUGUGCCAAGCGGCGGCGGCGGAUGCAUCGCGCAGCUGCAGCCGGCAGACGUGUGCUUCCUGGCGGGGCUCGUGUUCGCAACAGCAGCAGAGGGCACCGCCGGCGGCGGGAGCGCCGCCGCGGCGGCGGCAGCGGCAGCGACAGGAGGAGCAGCAGGAGGCGCGGCGCCUUGCCGGGGCAUGGCGGGCGCCUUCACUGCGGCAGUGCUGCGCCGCGGCGACUGCCAGGCACUGCUGCAGGCGCUGUUGAAGGAGGAGGCGGUGCGACAGGCGCUGUCCACUCAGCAGCAGCUGCGGGAGCCGGCGGCGUUGCAGCUGGCCGUGGCCCGUGCGCAGUACCUGGAGCCGCGGGUGCUGCCCGGGCCCCCCGAGGAUGACUUGUCAAUGCCUGGAGCAACCAGCAACGAUGCCAGGGUGACAAACUUCCUCGGCAGCCCCGACACGGCGAGGGAGUUCUCGGGCUUUCAUAGCGUGGCGAACGCGCUGCGGUGGGCGCAUGACGUCGUUAAAGGCGACGGGCGAUACGGGCGAGCCCACGCGAUCCAGACCGUUGCUGUUGUCGGCACGGACGACGACGCCGCGGCCGUGGUGGUGAUGACCAAGCACCGCGGCAUGAACAUGCAGCGGCUGGCGCUGUACAAGGCGGAGGCGGAGGAGCUGGCGGAGCUGCAGGCGCUGCUGGGAUAGCUACGAUGCUGGGUGUGUGUUGUGAUGUAUGGAAUGACGGGAUGGAGGAUCAGGAGGAUCAGCUAGACCGGGUGGCACUGCUGGGUAUUGGACAUGGCGGACCGGCUGGCGCCGGGUAGGGUGCGAACUUUGGUGCCAUGUUUAGGCAUGCUUGCACUCGUAUGGCACAAUGGCUUUGGUGGAUGAAGUAAGACUGGACCCGUGGAACCUGCUGCGUUUGCUGGGUUGGCAGCAUGCAGCAGCUCGCGGGGGGCCCGGUGGACGAAGGGGUGAAGGGCGGGGUGAGGAGCAUAGUUGAUCGGGGGAGCGUGGACAUAAUGCCGACAGGGGCGGGUCCCGGAUAGCAGGGACACCAGGCUGGCAGAGUGGCAGUCGAUGGUCUGGCAUACGGCACGGUUUGUGAAUAAUGUGUAAUGUUGCUGCCGG